UUUUUUUUUUUUUUUAGUACACGUUAGAGUCUUGAUUGCAGCAUUAAUUGAAUAUAUCACUGAAUAAUAGUAUCUACUGUGCUCUUUCGGGGUGCACCGUCCACGUUUUCUACUUCUGACCUCAAUUUUUGUGUCCGGUGCUGUUUGACACUGGGUCGGGAAAAGUAAUCUUCACGAAAAUAUGUAAAUGAAAUGUGUAUAUUGCGUCCAUUGUCCAAAGACGUUUGUUGUCUGUACUUGAGCAUUUGAACUGUGAGGGAAAACAGAUGAAAAAAAAAAAAAAAACCACAUUCGAUGGUGCUGUGCACUUAUUACUAAAUUGCUCGCCCCCUCAUCUUUUUUUUUUCUCCAUGUGAACAAACAGCAAAAUAUGUAAUCAUUCAUCGGUGUUUCACAAACGUCCGCCAUUUGUUUCUGCAUGUUGUGCGGCCACUGGUGACGCCACCUAAGCUGACCGACCUGAUUGGGCGAAGCCUCCCGUCCCCGCCCUCUUCAGAUUCCUGUUGGGACAUGCGAUUGGCUGGACUGCCGGUGGCGUCGGCUAAGGGGGCGUGUCCCCGCGGCGGCUCGACUGCGGCAAUUUCCGUUGGCCAAAAUUUGGGGCGACUUCUCCUCACCAAUGUGCUAAUGUUUUGACAGCAGACUAAUAAUGAGGUCAAAGUGUCAAGCGGCGUCGGGCAAAUCCGUCCACGGCGCAGAGAAGGAGUUUGGGGGAACCCUGGGCGCCGUUUGCAUCACCACCUUUCUCCCGCUGACGCUGCUUUCCCUGGUUUGCGGGAGUCGAUCUCCCGACGGAGCUCUGCUCCGCUGGCCGCCGCCGUUGCCCUCGCCGGAGCAGCUGUGGGACCCUCGGGCCCCCCCCCUCCUGCUGAGCUGGAUCGCUUUGCACGCCUUCCUUUACUCGCUGCCGUUGGGCAAGGUCUGCGAGGGAAUUCGACUGAGAGACGGAACGCGCCUCAAGUACCCCGUAAACGGCUUCCACAGCCUGUGCAUCAGCGGCGCUCUGCUGGUGCUGCUCCUGACGCUGGACGUUCCUGUGGCGUUCCUGUUCAAGCUGACGUUGCCGCUGGCCACCUGCGCGACGGGAGUCUCCUUCGCGCUCUCCGCCUACCUGUACGUUCGCUCCUUUUGGGCCCCCCCUCACGCGCUUGCUUUGGGGGGCAACACGGGAAAUGUUCUGUACGACUUCUUCAUUGGACGGGAGCUGAACCCCCGCAUCGGUCAUUUUGACCUGAAAUACUUCUGUGAGCUCCGACCGGGUCUGAUUGGCUGGGUGGUGCUCAACUUUGGCGUGCUGAUGCAAGAAGUGGAACUUCGGGGCUCCGCCUCCCUCGCCAUGAUCCUGGUCAACAGUUUUCAGUUGCUGUACGUGGCCGACGCUCUCUGGAACGAGGAGGCGGUCUUGACCACGAUGGACAUCGCGCACGACGGUUUCGGCUUCAUGCUGGUCUUCGGCGACCUGAGCUGGGUCCCCUUCGCGUACGGGCUGCAGGCGGCCUUUCUGGUGGAGCAUCCUCAAGAUCUGAGCCCGCCGGCGGUCGCUGCCAUCGUAGCUUUAAAGGGUAUCGGAUAUUAUAUCUUCCGAAAAUCCAACUCGCAGAAGAAUCAGUUCCGGAGGAACCCGGCCCACCCAAGCGUCGCAAGGCUGGAGACCAUCGCCACGGCGACGGGGAAGCGCUUGCUGGUGUCCGGUUGGUGGGGUCUCGUUCGCCAUCCCAAUUACUUGGGGGAUCUCCUCAUGGCCUUGGCUUGGUCUCUGCCGUGCGGCUUCUCCCAUCUUCUGCCGUACUUCUACGUCAUCUAUUUCGCCGUCUUGCUGGUUCACCGCGAGGCCCGCGACGACAGGCAGUGCCGGGCCAAAUACGGAGCGGCGUGGGACGAGUACUGCCGCCGCGUCCCCUACAGGAUCCUGCCGUACGUUUACUGAGGAGGAAGCCGUGGCGCGUUGGGACUCGAACGCGGCCGUUUUUCGUUUUGGGAAUACAUUUUGUCACGCUCUGAUGAAAAGUGUUUUUCCUUCUUUGCUGUUCUGGAGAACCCCGGAAAUUUGUCAGCGCCGACGAGGCAAAUGUGAUUUGCGUGACACGGUCUCGCAAAUGCGCCGCGUUGACGGGCACCUUCGAUUGCGCCCCGGCCGGCGCCCACUUAAGUGCCGUUCUGCCGCCGGCUUCGCCCCCGCGCUGCGCUCCGGCUGUGUUUUUUUUUUUUUUUUUUUUUUCCACACGCAGCGCGCAGACCACAAAGACGCUCUGCGGUUUUUGCAUAAACGAGCAAUCAAUAUUUAAUUACUCGUCCGCUUUCGAUGUUUCGUUUUCCCGUCCGCCGGAGCCCGAAUAGCACGCGACGUCCUGAGAGGGUCUUGCCUAAUGACGCAGUUGUAGCCAGUUUCCAUGGCAACGUGUCGGCGAGAGCGCCGUCUGUGUGUGUGUACACACACACACACAUUAUAUAGAUAUACUGUAUGUAUACUGGCAGAUGUGAAGUGCAGGUGAACCUGAAUUGUAGGGAGCGAAAAGAGUGUGAGUCAUCAGGAAUGUAGAAUUGAAUUUUGUUUCCAUGGUAACAGCGGAGAACGAUGCGUGCUUUGCCCCCCCCCCCCCAGAAGAAAACAUCACCUCGCCGCUGCCACCGCUGUGUUGGUUUCUGUUCUAGAUGCCAGGCAAUUUUUGGUAUUUUUUUUAGAGAGAGAAAUGACCUUUCCAAGGCAAAACUUUUAUAUGAUUGAUUUUGUCAAAAUGAUGGAAAAUCAACAUUCGUGUGUGUUGAAGUUUGCUUGGCUUGGCUUUGACUUUUACUGCA